GAGAAGCCAGCGCGCGCGUCCGGACUCGCACUCAGUCAGUCGCGAGGCUGCGGUCUGCGAGAGCGAGCGUCUCCUCUGUUCAUCCAGCGAGCAACACCUGCGCGUGCGAACUAUGUGAAGGUUUCCUUCAGAGCCUCUGUGACCAUGCUGUUCCCUGCCUCCAAGUCCCAUGUUAAAUCUGUUCUGGACGGAGUGGCAGAAACCACGUUCAGGACCAUCACGUCUGGACUGCAGUACAUUGGUAAUAACGAUGUCGGCUACGGAGACCACAUCAUCGACGGCGACUUCAGCAAAGGUGGAGGAUACCCUCUGCCGAAGCCGUUCGCAGCCUACCGCAGAAGCUCUUUCACUGAUAAAGUGGGACCGGAUGAGGAGCUCAUCGUAAAAGGUAUCCCCUUUUACCCCACGAACGGCUCCGAUGUGUUUGGGAACUUCAGUCUGGGAGAUGAAGGGAGCAGUGUGCAGUGCGGGGAGAACUUUAUGGACAUGGAAUGCUUCAUGAUACUGACCCCUAGCCAGCAGCUGGCCAUCGCCGUGCUGUCUCUGACGCUGGGGACUUUCACAGUACUGGAGAACCUGGUGGUCCUGUGCGUGAUCCUGCAGUCACGCACCCUGCGCUGCAGGCCGUCCUAUCACUUCAUUGGCAGCUUGGCCAUCGCAGACCUGCUCGGCAGCGUCAUCUUCGUCUACAGCUUCUUGGACUUCCACAUCUUUCACCGCAAAGACAGUCCGAACGUGUUUCUGUUCAAGUUAGGAGGCGUGACGGCGUCGUUCACCGCGUCUGUGGGAAGCCUGUUCCUCACCGCCAUCGAUCGAUACGUGUCCAUCCACCGUCCGCUGGCGUACAGACGCAUCGUGACGCGCACCAAAGCCGUGAUCGCCUUCUGCAUGAUGUGGGCGAUCUCCAUCAUCAUCGCCGUGCUGCCGCUGCUGGGCUGGAACUGCAAGCAGCUCAACUCGGUCUGCUCCGACAUCUUCCCGCUCAUCGACGAGAACUACCUGAUGUUCUGGAUCAGUGUGACCACCGUUCUGGUCGUCUUCAUUAUUUACGCGUACAUGUACAUCCUCUGGAAGGCCCACCACCACGCGGUGAGGAUGCUGCGGCGCACGUCUCAGAAGAGCCUGGUGGUGCACUCCUCCGACGGCACCAAGGUCCAGACCGCCAGACCGGAUCAGGUCCGCAUGGACAUCCGCUUGGCCAAAACGCUGGUUCUGAUCCUGGCGGUGCUGGUGAUCUGCUGGGGGCCUCUGCUGGCCAUCAUGGUGUAUGAUCUGUUCUGGCGGAUGGACGACAACAUUAAGACGGUGUUUGCCUUCUGUACAAUGCUCUGCCUGCUCAACUCCACCGUUAACCCAAUAAUCUACGCUCUGAGGAGUAAAGACCUGCGGAGGGCCUUCCUCGCCGCCUGCCGGGGCUUCAGGGGCACCUCCAGCACGUCCCUGCAGCUGGACAACAGCCUGGAGUCAGACUGUCAGAGGAACCAGCACAUCGCCGCCAAGCGAGCGGCUGAGAGCUGCGUCAAGACCACUGUGAAAAUAGCCAAAUUGACAAUGUCUGUCUCAGCGGAGACAUCGGCUGAAGCCGUCUGAUUGUGCCGCCGGCCGGGGGACGUACAGAUGCACCUCGUCUCAAAAGAAUGUCACGGAAAGUUCAACACACAAAGCUGCUUCAGUCAUCACGGGUUCGAUGAGGCAUUCACUAUGACAGUUCAUCGCUUAAGUGCCAAGAUUUGUUUUCCCCUCUCAGAAAAGGUUCUCAUCCUGUAAAUGAAUUUGUUGGGGCUUUUUGUUGUUGUCGUUUGCCCUUGCAUUUAACUGUAACGUGUGGAUGUUGUGCGUGCUUUAUGAAAGUUUACUAUAUUUUUAUACUUUGAAUUUUUGUUUUUUGAACAAAGAUAUCUUCUCACAUGGGAAUAAGGGGCUAAUGGUCUUUUUAAUAAAACCGUGUAAGUAUGAAUUCAAAUAUAUAUACAUUGGUAUCUAUGUAAAUAUGUGUCAAACUCUGUGGAGAUUUAGUGUAUCCAACAUCAUUGUGAGAAACGACAAAAGAUGAGAGUCUCUGUUUUUGAGAUGUCUUGUUUUGAGCUGAAAGUAUUGUAAGAGGAGCACGUUCUGAAUAAUGAGAGCAGGAAAAGUGAGGACAACGGUUAACGGAUGUAUUCAAUCUCGUUUACUAUGAUAGAUUUGGUCCGUUACAUGAUGCUUUAGUGUUAUUGUUGUGAGGGUCACAAUUAUUAUUAUUUUUUUACAAGAUGGCUUGUAAUUGUGUUUUAUGGUCACAGAUUAUACAGUGACUGAAAUAUCUGUUGGAUUUGAAUCUGAUUGUUCAUUUACAUUUUUUUUCAUUCUCUGAGAUGUAAAGUAAAAUUCAUUUUGCAAUAUGCACAAAGCCCAGAGAAAAAUACAAAUGACAUUUGUUAAUAGAACAUUUGUAUUUAAUCUUGUAGUUAACGAACAAACAAUUGAAAUGUACAUAUCAUGAUUGUAUAGUAAUAUUCCUUAAACCGUGAAAUGGUGUGGUGGUGCAUUUUUGUUUGCACUGUUUAAAAGUGUAGGUGCAUUCCUUACAUGAAACGUAUCUACUUAAGUAUUGAAGCUUAAAAUCAUAAAAUGUCACAGUGGCUUUUGUCCCAAAGUAGUUCUUGAAAGUCUGUCUCGCAAUGAUGUCUUAAAAUACAGAAGCUGUUUGCACACCUAUGUAUCACAAUUUAGUCCAUUUCAAGGUUUUAUUUUAUUUUAUUUUUUGUAAUAAAUAAAGUCAGUACUGACCUAAACUGU